UGCUGCAGUUAUUCUUCCUACAAUUCUCAAAGUCCCGAGGGAAGAAAAGGAAAGAUGGAAGAACAAGUUGAAAUGGUGGGGAAAGCAUUUGUGGAUCAUUACUACCACCUGUUUGAUAAUGACAGACCUUCUCUUGCUCUUCUGUACCAACCAACUUCCAUGCUUACAUUUGAAGGCCAAAAGAUUCAGGGGACAGAUAAUAUAAUUGCAAAGUUGGUGCAAUUGCCAUUCCAGCAAUGCCAUCACGUAAUUAGCACCAUCGAUUCUCAACCAUCAUCCUUUGCUGGAGGCAUUUUAGUCUUCGUCAGUGGUACCCUCCAACUGCAAGGAGAGGACCAUCCUCUAAGGUUUAGUCAGAUGUUUCAUUUGAUACCCACGGUGGAAGGAAGCUUUUUCGUGUUGAACGACAUAUUUCGCCUCAACUAUGGUUGAAUACAGUCCUUUUCCUGGCAAUUGAUUCUUCCGAUAAAGAAAACAUGUGAAAAUGAGAAAGGGUUGCCCUGUGAAGUUCGAUCGUGAUUGUUGUUUUGUUCCAGAAAUCUGAUAUGCUAAAUAUAUUGUUGUGUCUCACAUUGUUUUACGCGAGGCAGAUUUAAAUG